AAUUGAGAUGAAUAAAUAAUAAUUCUAACUUUAAAGUUAAUUUUAUAUUAACUAUACCUAUUGUAUUCCUUGUAAUAAUCACCAGUUUGUACUAAAGUCUUAAGUUUAUAAAUUCUAACUUCUUUUUGCAAUGUCUCAAGAAAAAGUAAUUGAAAAACCUCUGCAACAGUUUGUUGUACAAGCUCAAAAAUUAGAAGAACUCUUAGAAUGCCCCAACGUUAUUGCACUGGAGACCACACCUCAUGCACCAUACCUACAUGCAUUACGUAUGUUUUCACAAGGUACGUAUUUGGAUUAUUUGGACAAAAAAGAAUAUUUGCCAGAACUCAGUGAACCCCAGAUGAAAAAACUGCAAUACUUAACAAUUGUUACAUUAGCCAAUAAAAUGAAAAGAAUACCCUAUGAUGUUCUUUUGAAAGAGUUGAAUGUUGAUAAUGUCAGGGACUUGGAGGACCUAAUCAUUGAAGCGAUCUAUUCUAACGUGGUUUCUGGCGAACUUGACCAACAGAGUGAUUAUCUGGAAGUAGAUUGGACAGUUGGCAGGGACGUUGGAUCUAACGAUAUUGACAACAUGAUAGACACAUUACAGCAGUGGUGUGAUUCAUGUGAGAAUGUUCUUUCUACAGUUCAAGCUCGUAUUGUUGAUGCUAAUCGAACUAAACAAGAUGUACUGAAACACCGUGCUGCUGUCGACAAUGAAGUUGCUAGCGUGAAAAAAGCAAUUAGAACCCAAAUACAAGAUGAAGAAAUGUCAGUGGAUACUAGCGGUCCUACAAAAAAAAGUGUUAAAGGAAUAAAACCUAGCGGAGCUAAAUUUUGGAACAAGUAAAUAACUGCACAUACCUAAUAAUAAUUCACACAUUACAUUCAUUUAUAAUGAUUACGAUUAUGAUUUUUUUUUUUUUAUGUACGAAAUGGUUUUAAUGUGUAUAAUUGAGCAGACUUAAGCCAUUAGUAUAAUAUAAUAUUUUUCGUAAUAGGUAAUCUUUUUUAUUUAAUUUUGUGGUAGAUGUAGGUACAGGAUAUACAAAAAUUAAGUUUUAGAUGUAUGAUGUACCUCCAACCUAUCAUAAUCUUUAUACUAAUAAAGAUUUUUUUUUUAUUAUAAA